AGUAGAGAUUUAAAAAGAUUGACAACGGUUUUCUGAACAGCUGCAUUGUUGCUGUAUUCAGGACUGCAUAGGUUAGUUCUCAGGUCCAACUUUUAAUGAUCUUGUUUACCUUUUUGAUGCUUCUCCUCAUAGCAAACCGUUCUACACUGCCAUUUUUGGACUAACAGAUGAGCACACACACAGAAGAUGACUUUUAUCAAUCUGAAGAUGAUCUGGACGAAGAUGAGGCAACACAAUACAUAAUUGAACAAAGUUUGGUUCAGUAUAGAAAACUUAAAGGAUUAAAUCCAAGUGAUCUGAAACCCAGUGAAGACCCUGAUGAGAUUUACAAAGCUAUCAAAGAGGGUGAUGUGGUUGCCCUGGACAGACUGAUAAUGCAACCAGAGACUCUGUCCAGAGUUGAUGAACGAGGAUGGAUCCCUCUGCAUGAAGCUGCAGCUCAGGAGAAGAAAAGAAUACUAGAGAUAAUCUUUUCAGCAUCACCACCAGGAGCAGCUCAGUGUCGUACUCUAAAGGGUGAGACGCCUCUCUUUCUAGCUGUGGUCCAUGGACACAGGGAGAAUGCUACAUUUCUGGUACAGAAUGGUUGUAGCCCAGAUGUCCAGAAUGAUGAGCAGGAUUCUCCUUUAGUGGCAGCUAUUCUGAAUGACCUUUAUGACUUGGCCACACUUCUGCUUCGUUAUAAUACCAAUGUAGACCAAACAGGACCGCUAAACAGGACAGCUCUACAUGAGUCAGCCUUUUUAGGUUUGGAGAACUUUGUGUAUCUGCUGUUAGAGUCAGGUGCCAAUCCAAACGCACUUGACAUCAAAAAGAAAACCCCACUGGCUUUGGCUGCACAGAACGGACAUCUGAAUGUGGUGGAGGUUUUGUUACAAAAAGGAGCCCAUGUGUGGUCUGAAUCAGACUCAGGUAGCAUUUUGUUUGAUGCAGCAGCGUCAGGAAACCCUGACAUCAUCUCCUUGCUACUUGACCAUAGAGCAGACCCCAACCUUCCCCUUUACAGCGGGCACCUGCCAAUUCACCGCGUGGCAUAUCAUGGACAUAGAUUGGCACUGGAAGUCCUCAUCCCAGUGACUGAUCUGCAUUCUGUGAGGGAAAGUGGGAUGAGUCCUCUCCAUUCUGCGGCUGCUGGAGGACAUGCCCAUUGUGUGGAGAUUCUGCUCAAGGCUGGCUACGAUCCAAACUUCAUGCUGCACCCAAAGGUGCGCCGUGGCUACGAUGAUGAGCGUAGGUCUGCCCUCUUUUUUGCUGUGUCCAACAAUGAUCUUCAGUGCACCCGCUUACUGUUAGAGGCUGGAGCGAUGGUGAACCAGGAUCCUAUCUGCUGUCUGCAAGUAGCUCUCAGACAGGGCAACUAUGAACUCAUCAACACCUUGCUGAAAUACGGGGCAAAUGUCAACUACUACUCCCGUGUUAACACCACGCACUUUCCCUCAGCGCUGCAGUAUGCCCUGAAAGAUGAGGUUAUGCUGAGAAUGAUUCUGAAUUAUGGUUAUGAUGUCAGGCGUUGCUUUGACUGUCCAUAUGGUGACAGUUCCCAUGAUUAUGCUCCUUGGACAACCACGGUUAUCAAAGACAUGGUGUUUUGUGAGGUGAUAACUGUGUCAUGGCUCAAGCACCUGUCUGCUCAGGUGGUGCGCAUCAUGUUGGAUUACACUGACCAUGUUUCCUUCUGCCCAAAACUUAAGGACAUCUUGCAGGAACAGAAACAGUGGCCAGAAAUCUGUCAGAUCCAACGAAAUGCACGGAGCCUGAAGCACCUGUGUCGGUUGGGGAUAAGGGAGCAUUUCAGACUUCUACGUUUGAGAGCUUCCGUUUUUAUCAACUUCCUUCCUCUUCCUCCCAGGCUGAAAGAUUACCUACGCUUCAAGGAGUUUGAUGUUUACAGCAGGGGCAGCAUGGUUAACUCCCAGUGAAAACAAACACAUUAAAAGAUGUCACAGAUAUAAUUUUUAUAUAAGGACAAACAAGUGCCCAAUAAGUGCCUGUUAGCUUUUUGCCUCGUUAUGUGUUUUGAAGUGGUCAUGUUUUCUGUACUUUAUAAAAAGCCUUGCAAUACUGUUGACUUUUUUUUCUAAAUAGAUCAGAAUCAGACAACUUUAUUAAUCCUAAGGAAUUAAAUUGCUAUAGUGGAAUGUUAAUAUGCCCUGGAAAGAUUUGCUCAUUGUGACAGUGAAUUAUUAUUUUUUUAAAUUUUUUAAAGUCUAAAUAAACUCUAAAGAUAGCAAUGUAAAAAACAUUUUAAGAACACUACUUCUUUGUCCCCAUCUUGUGGUAGAAUUAAGUAUUACAAAAGUGGAUUUAGUUUAACGUUUCGGUUUUAAGCUGUCAUUAAUUAAAUAUAUAAAUAUAAAUAUAUUGAAUUAU